AUGAGCGACUACAGAGGCCGCCGGCAAGACAGCCGCCCACAAAGAGACGAUUACGAUCGUCAAGACCACCGAGACAGCCGUGACCGCCGCCAAUACCGCUCAAGGUCUCGCGAAGACCACCACAACCGCGACAACUACGACCGGUCCCGAUCUCCCGAUCCCAGACACUCCCGCGAUACCGGCCGGCGUGGCGGAGGCCGUGGUGGCCAGCGCGGUCGCGACCGAGACUACAACAACAACUCACACUCACGGCGCUACGACGACCGAGACCGUCGACGAGACACGCGCUCACAGCGCUCAGCGUCCCCCCGAGACAGCGGCAACAGCAGCAGUAGAUACCCAUCUGACCAUGGCUCUCUGCCCAGCCGGCCGCGCGAGGAUGAUACGCCGCCCGCCAAGCCUAGCAACAAGAACUCGCGGCGCGAUAAUAAGAAGGAUGAGCCGGAGAGCAUGGACGAGGACGGCGAGGUGGACGAUGAGGAGGCUGCCAUGCAGGCCAUGAUGGGCUUUAGUGGGUUUAACUCGACAAAGGGCAAGAAGGUGGCGGGCAAUAAUGCGGGUGCUGUGCGUAAGGAGAAGAAGACGGAGUAUAGACAGUAUAUGAACCGCCAGGGUGGUUUCAACAGGCCGCUGUCGCCGUCUCGAUAG